AUGGUUCCAAGUUUAUCAAAAGUGUCUAACUUAGAGUGUGAGUCGUGUCAAUUUGGGAAACAUGCUAGGAGUUUCUUUCCCAAUGUUAAGCUACUACCAGUGACAAGACCGGACAUUACUUUUGCUGUCAGUGUGGUUAGCCAGUUUCUAAAUGCUCCAUGUGAUGACCAUUGGAACGCUGUGAUUCGCAUUCUCAAGUAUAUAAAGAGUGCACCGGGGAAGGGAUUACUUUAUGAAAACAAGGGCAACACCCAAGUUGUGGAUUAUUCUGAUGCUGAUUGGGCAGGUUCAUCAGCCGACAGAAGAUCUACUUCAGGGUAUUGUGUCCUCAUUGGAGGAAAUUUGAUCUCAUGGCGGAGCAAGAAACAAAACAUGGUUGCAAGGUCGAGUGCAGAAGCAGAAUAUCGUGCUAUGGCUGCAGCAGCUUGUGAACUUACGUGGCUAAGACAAUUACUCCAACAACUCAAACUAGGAGAUGUCAAAACAAUGAAAUUAAUUUGUGACAACCAAGCUGCACUACAUAUUGCCUCCAACCCGGUUUUUCAUGAAAGAACUAAACAUAUAGAGAUCGAUUGUCACUUUGUACGAGAUAAAGUUCUUUCAGGAGAAAUUGUAACUGAUUUUGUUGGUUCAAAUGAUCAAUUAGCUGACAUAUUUAUUUGUAACAAGCUUGGUGCAUGCGACAUGUAUGCUUAG